AUGGGCCUCAGGACGACCAAACAGGUGAAGAGAGGCGCACAGCAAGGCCCCGGUCGCCAAGAAGGUCACAUGGCGGAGGAGCCCGUGGAAGACACAGACCCCAGCACUCUGCCCUUCAAUGUGUCAGACAAAUAUCCUAUUCAAGAUACGGGACACCCUAAAGUUGAAGAGUGUGAUUCAGUUCCUUUGGACUGCCCAACCAAUCCUGGCGUGCAACCUCAGGGAGAAGAAAAUGGCUUUGCAGACAGUACUGGAGACCCCCUUGCAGACGUGAGCGAGGCCAAGUCCUGCCGGGACAACUGCACCUGCUCCUCCUGCUCGCCGCGGGCCCCCACCAUCAGUGACUUGCUCAAUGACCAGGACUUACUCGACGUGAUCAGGAUAAAGCUGGACCCGUGCCACCCCACAGUCAAGAACUGGAGGAAUUUUGCGAGCAAAUGGGGCAUGCCCUACGACGAGCUGUGCUUCCUGGAGCAGAGGCCCCAGAGCCCCACCUUGGAGUUCCUGCUGCGGAACAGCCAGAGGACAGUGGGCCAGCUGAUGGAGCUCUGCCGGCUCUACCGCCGCGCUGACGUGGAGAGUGUCCUGCGCCGGUGGCUGGACGAGGAGUGGCCCAAGAGGGGACGUGGGGACCACCCCAGACACUGCUAGGCUUCUGCACCUUCUUGCUGGCCUCUGUGGAUGUUGAAA